AUUAGUUCAGUGAAGUACUCUGCUUGGGCUAUAAGUGGCGACAGACAACCAAUGACGUGACACGUUAGCAGCAGAAGAAGAAGAGCGGAAAUUUAACACGCAAACAUAAAGCGCGCUUCGGAAUAUGAUUUCAUUCCAUCUGAAAGUUAAACAGGAUGUGGGCGGAGUCUCAGCCAGGGCCAUCAAGAGGCACACCAUGCAGACAAGGUUACUGCUCCUUCUGCCAAGUCCUCUACAGCGACUUAGAUCAGCACCUGUCCAGUCUCAGACACCUGAAUUGUGUUCAAGCGUCCUCCAAGGGUUCCAACAGUUGUUCCUUUGCUGACAGUCAAGCCAAAGGAACUUUAUUGGAACGAUUCCUUCAGGAUGUUCUAUUGCACCAUCCGCACUGCUACAAUGACCCAAGACCGUCUCAUGCAGACCUCCCAUCUAUCUCCACUCCUCUUUUGCCAAGAGAGGAAUAUGAUGAAGUCUGCUUCUCUGGUGAUGACAAUUUAUCGCUAAGAACCCGCGAGCAUCUACCGAGCUCAAAUAAUGCCUCCACCAACAAAGAUGAGGAUCCAGGCCCUUGUAAUCGAUCAGAAAAGAGACUAUCAGAGGGGGCAAGUCAAAAGAGGCCUUCUAAAAAAACAAACAAGCAGGUGGAAGCAAAAACUGUCUAUUUGGGACGCAAAAAUCUGACUUCACAUCAAGCCAUGCCGCGUGUACACCGGAAGGCACACAGGAAGACUGAUAGGAGGAAAACAAAUGAGUCACUGAACUCACCUGAGGGUCCACAUCCAAGUACCUGCCCCCUUCCUCUCACUAUUCCACAGCCUUGGCAAAGCUGGCAGAAGGAGCGAUGGGCAGCUUUUAAAGAGGAGGUCUUCUCAGCGCCACACAGUGAUCUUGUGGACCAAACCAUUGAGGAGGUAAUCCAAAAUUGUUGUCAUGGUGACACAUUAAAAUCCUGUCCGCUCGAAGACACAGACAGCUUUCAUUUCAGUUUGCCUCACUCUCUUCAAACACAAAGUGACUGGGACUCACCUGUGCAGGUAGACUCAUGCGUCCCACUGAUCCAGAGGCAGCUGAAGGACUUCAGCCACCUGACUGAUAUUCAGGUGGACCUGACGGACCAAGUGUACUCCCACCAGCUCGAAUUGGCCCUCCACAAUAAGCGGUGUGCUCAAAAAGUACACAGGAGUGUACCAAGAGAAGUGCCAAAAAAUUUGCCAGAGUCCCUACAAGGAAAGACGUGGUCCCAGAUUGAAGAGGAAGAUGAAAAGAGAGUCGAUGACCUAGUUCGACAGUUCAGACAAGGGCAUUUUGUCUGCUACUUUGACAGCGACUCUCUCGCCAGGUACGGCACCAAGUGCAAAAGUGGGAAUGAAGCUGGUCACACAGUGGAAGAGUCGGGCAUUGGUGUUUUUCCUUUACUGGACCAUGACGAGGAAGAAUUUCCAAGAAAGCGGGAUUUCAGGAUGGCAUCCAGGUGUCAGGUGGUCAAAGUUAGUCACGCUACUCAGACGAUCCGCUUGGUUGUCCCGACUGUCUGUCAACAAGCUGCAGAAGCCACGGCCACUAGCGUCCCUACAGGCGAUCGUGAGAGGGCAGAAAAAACGCCCGAGCUGCGAUGUUCCCGCCUCCCAACCUCAUAUUCACCCAUUAUCACCCCACUGCAGUCGAGCACCUCUUUGGUCUACCUUCUCUGCUCCCCUACGUUUCCCCCUACAAUCAACACAAGCACCACACCCAAACGCAGCAGAAAAAGGCAACGCCCCCCUGACUUUCAGAAAGUAAAGGUAAAAUACAAACAAUUUCCCGUUCGCUUCUAUGACCAUCGGAGCAAUCGCAUAAUAAAGAACCCACCCAAAGGCUUUAAGGUUUCUAAAAGCUCCACCUUAUCCAACCCUUUGCCGUCAUGUGUACGUCAACUGUUUCGGAGCCUGAGUCCAGACCUGAACACGGAGCGGUGGUCCGGGGAGGGCGGAUCUGAUUCUCACCGGGGUAAAAGUCAGAAGCAGUCCAGCACUCCCAGCUUGGCCUCUGUGCAGACUCAAAAACAAGAAACCUCUCGUCCUGUGCAUCGAAUGAGGUCAAAGGAGACAAGAAUAGGUGGCAAAGACGAGCAUAAGCCCCCUAAAAAGAGGGUUAGAGUUCAGACAGCGCCUCCACCUUCAAGGAGAGGUGGACUUCGUCAAAGGGACUCUGUACCCUUAUCCCCUUCAGAGCCAGUUCUCCGACGAGGGAGAUCUCAGCAAAGACGUGGCUGUGAAAAGACUACAAAGUAGGGCAUUUGUUACUACUACAACAACAUUUGAAAAUAAAUUUGAAAAAUCUAUUUUGACUGCUCAUUUAUUCACAACAGAAUUUUGUUAACGCAAGACAGGUCUCAAAAGAAAAAAAUAUAAAACCAAAUUGAAAUUUCCUUCAUGGAUGGAAAAAUAUUUUUGACACUGCUGUGAGAAAAUGGAUAUGCAUGUAAACAUUAAAGUCUGUAUGACACAUGUUCUGCCGCGGUGUAAAUCCCCUUUUCUCUUGGAACUUGUCUCACAGCAU